UGCACAAACAGUCAAUCCAUCCAGUCGCCACAGAUCAUUCCCAGAGAGUCGACUGCCAGUCCUCUCUUUCAGCCCACCAACAGCCUAUCGUACAUCUCUCACCUCGCCAUGUCCGUCGCACCCGAGGUACACCAGCUGUCCAUCGGUCCCUUGACCGCAGCUGCCUUUUCUCCGGAUCGAAGUCAACUCGCUACUUGUGCCAACAACAACGACGUCUUGAUCUACAACAAGAUUCAAGACGGUUGGGACCUCUCGGCUACCUUGUCGGAGCACGACAAGCUUAUCACCGCCAUCUCCUGGGCCCCUCGUACCAACCGGAUCGUUACCUGUUCUCAAGACCGUAACGCCUACGUUUGGACCCGAGAGCCUUCGGGGGAAUGGAAGCCCGCUCUGGUCUUGCUCCGUAUCAACAGGGCGGCGACUUGUGUCAAGUGGAGCCCCAACGAGGACAAGUUUGCUGUCGGUAGCGGUGCCAGGACCAUCGCCGUCUGUUCCUUUGACGAAGAGAACAACUGGUGGGUCUCCAAGCACCUCAAGAAGCCUCUCCGAUCGACCGUCCUCUCGAUCGAUUGGCACCCGAACAACGUCUUGAUCGCCGCCGGAAGCGCCGAUGCCAAGGCUCGUGUCUUUUCGGCUUUCAUCAAGGGGAUCGAUGCGAAGCCUCAGCCGUCCGCUUGGGGUGAAAAGUUGCCCUUCAACACGGUCUGUGGAGAGUUCAACAGCCCGAAUGGUGGAUGGGUUCACGACGUCGCCUUCUCGCCCUCCGGAGACGCCUUGGCUUUCGCUAGCCACGACGCUUCGAUCACCGUCGUCUACCCGGCUGGACCUGGCGAACCCCCGGCGGCCAUCCAGACCAUCCGGUCCAUCUCGCUCCCUUACGUCUCGCUCAGCUUCUUGACCGAGACCUCGCUCGUCGCCGCCGGACACGACUGUCAGCCGGUCCUCUUCCAAGGAGGAGCCGAUGGAUGGGUAAUGACCAAGUCCUUAGACGACCCUAACGCGACCAAGUCCUUGACUCCCCAAGCUACGGGUGCCGCUCGUGCGGAAGGUAGCGUCGGGCGUUUGAACACGGUCGCGUUCAACCGAUUCAAGCAGGCGGAUACCAGGGGUCAAUCAUCCUCCUCUUCCUCUGGGGGCAGUGGAGGCGGUCUGAGCGGAGCUCCGGGACAGACCGCUACGGGCGAGUUGAAGACUGUUCAUCAAAACACGAUCACUCACGUCGACGCUUACGAGUGGAAGAAUGACGGUGCGGUCGGCAAGAUCUUUACUAUCGGCAAGGACGGAAGGUUAGCCGUUUGGAACGUCUAGGAAAAUCAAAGUUUUAUGUGAACACGUUGUAAAAGGCAGAAGUAUUGAAAAUGUGAUGGU